CACCGCCGCACUGCGCAUGCUCAGAGCUACUGGGCGCUGCGCAAUGUUUUCAAAUCGGCUCUAAUGUCUAGAAGAGAGCGCAGUUCGUCCAGCAGACUUCUGACUAACGCCGUGAACACGCUGAACAACCGCGGGCGAGGAGAGCGAAUGGAGAUGGAGAUAGACCCCGGGCAUCCCGCGAAAGACCGAGGAGACGUCGAGACGGCGAACCGAGCGACUUUUUCAUCCAACGGCAGCGGCGCGGAGGAGGACGAGGCGGAGGCCGCGGAUCGGCGCAGAGAAGCCGCGGGCUCGAGUAAUCCGCGCGCCGGGGAAGGAGCGUCGCUGGCUGGCGGCAGGGAGCAGGAGGUGUCGGUGGAAAUAGGAGAGACUUACCUCUGUCAGCGCGCAGAUAAAACAUGGCAUUCAGCAGAAGUGAUCCAGUCCAGGCUGAAUGAGCAGGAGGGCAGGGAGGAGUUCUAUGUGCAUUAUGUUGGAUUUAACAGACGUCUGGACGAGUGGGUUGGAAAGGGUCGCCUGGCGCUGACCAAAACGGUGAAGGAUGCGGUGAGGAAGAGUGUGGAGGAAGGAGGAGGAGAGCUCGGGGACCAGCCGGAGAGGAAGAUCACUCGCAACCAGAAACGCAAACACGACGAGAUCAACCAUGUUCAGAAGACGUACGCGGAGAUGGACCCGACGACAGCAGCGCUGGAGAAGGAACACGAAGCGAUCACCAAAGUGAAAUACGUGGAUAAGAUCCAGAUCGGGAACUUCGAGAUCGAUGCCUGGUACUUCUCUCCGUUCCCCGAUGAUUACGGGAAGCAGCCCAAGCUGUGGAUCUGUGAAUACUGUCUCAAGUACAUGAAGUAUGAGAAGACCUUCAGAUAUCACCUGACUCAGUGUCAGUGGCGGCAGCCUCCAGGGAAGGAGAUUUACCGCAGGGGGAACAUCUCAGUGUACGAGGUGGACGGACGAGACCAUAAGAUCUACUGUCAGAACCUGUGUCUGCUCGCUAAGCUGUUCCUCGAUCACAAGACGCUUUACUUCGACGUGGAGCCCUUUAUCUUCUACAUCCUCACCGAGGUGAACAGACAGGGGGCGCACAUCGUCGGCUACUUCUCCAAGGAGAAGGAGUCUCCGGAUGGGAAUAACGUAGCGUGCAUCCUCACACUUCCUCCGUACCAGCGCAGAGGAUACGGCAAAUUUCUCAUCGCGUUCAGUUAUGAGUUGUCUAAGUUAGAGAGUACGGUGGGUUCUCCAGAGAAGCCUCUGUCCGAUCUGGGGAAGCUGAGCUACAGGAGCUACUGGUCUUGGGUUCUGCUGGAGAUCCUGCGAGACUUCAGAGGAACAUUGUCCAUUAAAGAUCUCAGCCAAAUGACCAGCAUCACACAGAGUGACAUCAUCAGCACGCUGCAGUCGCUCAACAUGGUCAAGUACUGGAAAGGUCAACACGUGAUCUGCGUCACGCCCAAACUGGUGGAGGAACACCUGAAGAGCGCUCAGUACAAGAAACCUCCCAUCACAGUGGACACGCUGUGUCUGAAAUGGGCUCCACCUAAACACAAGCAGGGCAAGUUCUCCAAGAAAUGAGGAACGUGAGGAGCAUGAGGAACGUGAGGAGAGUGAGGAGCGUGAGGAGAGCAAGGAACGUGAGGAGAGCGAGGAACGUGAGGAGAGCGAGGAACGUGAGGAGCAUGAGGAACGUGAGGAGAGCGAGGAACGUGAGGGACGUGGAAACAGACGGACGCUGAUAAAUAAACUCACAUUCUGUUGAAGUGUUAGUUAAAGAGGGACGCUGUAAGACUGUACAUUGCUUUUUCUUAAAUAAAUGAAUAAAUAACUAAA